GUCCCGACACUGGAAUCCCAGCUCUGAGCGUCUGCUGAGCGGAUUUGCUGGUUUUCCGCUGGCGGCGGCAUUGGAAUCCACCCAUCGAUAAUCCACCCCUUUCCCAUCAAAAGAGUGUUCCGGAGUGUAGGGAGGUCCGCUACCUCGUUUAACAUAUGCCACACACAGUACGUUCAAGGGACGGAAAACUCACAAUGACAGCUCGGUAGGCCCAUGGGAAAGCUAGUGUCGCUUGGCAAGGAUGAAUAUGUCUCGCAAAAUGAUUGUCAGCCGAGUGCGUCAGGGCGCAGAGAUCCAGUGAAGGAAGACACAAUAGGGCGCAACUAGGGGGGCACAACGAACUCAUUGUGGCCCUUACCAGAUUUGACUGUGGUCAGGCCUUCGGAUGAUUGACGGUGAUCGAAUCGCAUAUAUAUCAUCGUGCCAGUGGGUCCCAGGUGUUCGUAAUUCAACCACCUUCUGCUACCAUGGAUCCUCCAAAUGCAGUCCCUGCGAAUGCCUUCGUUAAGUUACCCUUUCAGGCGCCACUCCGGACGGCACGUCUCUCGUUCUCAAUCGCGGGGUGCCGCGUCCCAAUAAACCCUACCUGCUUGAUGAUGAUGCGCCCAAGGAAGCUAUCACAGGAAAACGACCUCCCAAACGUCUUCCAUCCAAACUUCCACCUUGGCAACUUAUCACUCCAUCUCACUCUCGGAAACAAGAUUGGUCGUGGCCGUGUUGGCCGAGUCUAUGAGGCUACCGUUGACCUUACAAAAUCGAGUCCCGAAUUGUCCAACAUGGUACUUCCUCCACUUGUGGUCAAGAUCUCACGUCGACACGAUGCGAAACGGCUCGCUCGAGAAGCUUACUAUUACGAGGAAAUGGAAUGUCUGCAAGGUUGCGUUAUCCCAAGAUACUACGGCUUGUAUCAGACUGUGAUCCAGCCCUCGAUGGAAUUCUUACCCUGGGCUCAUGAUAAAGUCAAUCGAAGUCCAGGAUGUCACGGAGAUUACAGCGACAAAGAUGACUCGGACCCAGGUUCUGAAUCUGAUUCAGAGUCCGACUGUGACGACGACAGCGAUAAAGACAAGGAUGACGAGGACUCUGAAGAUUCUGAAGUGUAUUCAUCUGACGAAGAGGAGCUUCCAACUCCAACUAUGGUUAGUAUACUGAUUUUAGAGCGUGUGGGAGGUCGUUUGCCUUUGGGUAAACCUCUGCCAGCUGGGAUUCAGGGAACGCUAGAAGCUCUUUAUGCUGAUCUCGCACAGCUCGGCGUCGACCACUGCGAUAUCCGUUAUUACAAUAUUCUUCAAGCGCCAGGUCCUGACAAUCCCUUGCCUUCCUUACCUUCACCCUUCACGCAGCGUAUCCACCGCUGGAGAUUGAUCUCGUUCGACGAAGCUUGCAAAUCUAAUAUGAGUCCGAUGGUUUUCUAUGGAUACCACCACGAUCUCCUUGCCAGACUUGUCUACAAUUUGCCUUGGGGUGAAAUUUACGAGCCGUGGGAUUAGAAUACUUAUACAUAACCUCCAUUCGUAAAAUGUAUGCCUUUCCCUGUUGAAUUUGACGAGAUUUAUUAUGGCCUCAGCUCAGAAGCCGUUACCGCAUUAGGAUGGAAAUCCGCCCAAUAAGGAAGUCUUCGCACUUUGUCCUUUCGCUUCGAUGGCUUAGUAUCACAACUAUUGCAAGUUGUUCAUGAUAAUACUGUCUUCUCAAUAUAUAUCGUGUAGGUUG